UGGGCCUGCAGUCUCGACAAAGAUAGCGAUCGCUUAACGACAAAAUUCGGUCGAUAAGUCCUAACGAUCCGAUCGUAACGAUUUUUGGUAGUCUCUACUGCCAAAACUAUCGAGUGUCAUCGCAAAGUUACCGAAUAUUUUCGGUAAGAUAACGAUUUAUCGUUAUGUCAUAGAAUUUCCUUGCGACAGUUUUUGACAGCCCGCUAAGUGAUAGCUACUAUCGAUAUCGUUCCUAUAUUUGUUUAUUUUACGUCAGAAAAUAUUAAAUAAAUAGUAAUUUAAUAAAUAAUGGCUUCUGAAUAUUUAGCAUGGGACUUAGUUGUGCUCGAGCACAGACGCGAUGUGCUUAUGGGUCGACAAAUAGCACGAAACAAGCGAAACGAUGAAAAUCCCUUGGAUUUGGAGGAUGGCCAAUUUCUUCAAAUGUAUAGAAUUUCAAAGGAAAUGUUUCACAGGCUACUAAGUGAACUGCGUCCAUCUCUCCAAAGACGACGGCCUUACGGACUUUCUGUGGAGUCCCAAAUACUGACGGCACUCCGAUUUUACGCAUGUGGGUGCUACCAACAACCUGUUGGCUUGCAGUGGGGUUGUAGCAUGAGCCAAAAAUCUGUUAGCCGAGUCAUCCGGGCUGUAACUUCGGCAAUAAAUGAAAAACUUUUAAGAAAAUAUAUUAAAUUUCCAAUGACUCAAGGAGAACGCCAUGCGGCAAAACAGAAAUUUAGAAAUGCCCCACAGCCAUUCCCAGGGGUAAUUGGAGCCAUUGAUUGCACCCAUAUAAAAAUUUUAGCUCCUAAGACCAAUGAGGAGUCUUAUGUGAGUGGUCACCAUGAGGGCCAUUCAUUAAAUGUGCAAGCUGUGUGUGACCCUGAUCUUAUUAUUUUAAAUAUUAAUGCUCGAUGGCCAGGAGCGAGACAUGAUGCUCACAUAUGGGCAAAUUCACCGGUGCGCUCAACAAUGAAGCGACAUUUUGAAAAUGGGGACCGCCGUGCUUGGCUGCUUGGUGAUGAUGGAUAUCCUCUGGAACCGUGGUUAAUGACUCCCAUAAAACAUCAACAGCCUGGCACACGGAAUAUAAAUAUACCGAAGCACACUGCUCAGCUAGGAACAUCAUAGAAAGAUGCUUCGGUGUGCUAAAAUCUGUGUUUAGAUGUCUAUCACACCAACGCCAGUUAAUGUACGAACCCUAUAUGGCUGGCCUAAUAAUUAACGCAUGUGCAGUGCUCCACAAUAUGCGGAUAACAUAUAAAUUACCGGAACCAGAGUCCACCACAUCCAUGCAGCUGGUGGAUAAUAGUAGAUUCCAUGAUGAUAUGUUAGAAGUUACAGGUUCUGGGCGAGCUGUUGCAGAGCGCAUAAGAAGAA